UGUGCGCUUCAGCCUCUGCCAGAGGGCGGGCGGUAGGGGUGCAAGCGAGGCCGGGCUCCUCCCUUCCCCGUCGGUGCGACUCGCCCGCCGCGGUGCAGCUUCCUCAGAGGCCGGCGGAGUGAGGAGACCGGGAGCCCCCCUCCCCUUCAGCCUCCGCCAUGAGAGCCGUCGCCAUCUUCCCCGAGCCCGGCCGCCUUCUCCUCCUGUUGGUGUCCUGGCUCUUCAAUCCCGCAAGAAGCGAAAUAACAAGUCUUGACAGUGGAAGUAUAGAUGAUACUUUAAAUAAUGCAGAUGUUGCUUUAGUGAAUUUUUAUGCUGAUUGGUGUCGCUUUAGUCAGAUGCUGCAUCCUAUCUUUGAGGAAGCUUCCAACAUCAUUAAGGAAGAAUUCCCAGAUAAGAAUCAAGUGGUGUUUGCCAGAGUAGAUUGUGAUCAGCACUCUGAAAUAGCCCAAAGGUACCGGAUAAGCAAGUAUCCAACUUUAAAAUUGUUCCGGAAUGGAAUGAUGAUGAAGAGAGAAUAUCGGGGUCAAAGAUCAGUGACCGCAAUAGCAGAUUAUAUACGACAACAGAAAAGCAAUCCAAUUCGAGAAGUAUUAACUUUGGAAGAAAUUAAUUCUCACGAUGGGGCCCAUCCAAACAAGCCUUUCUGUUUCACGCUGGGAUUUUCAUACAGCCGCCGAGGCCUUCUGUAG